AUGUCACCCGUCACCUUCACUCGAUGGAUAAGGUCCAAGCCCCACACCCGAUCAGUACAGGGCGUGUUUCUUCAACACGACAACUCUCGACCCCACGUGGAUAAUUUGACCAAAACUGAUAUUCAAGAGCUCGGUUGGGAAGUUUUACCACACCCACUGUAUUCUCCUGAUAUAACGCUUUCAGAUUAUCACAUAUUUUGGUUGCUCUCCAACAGUCUGCAAGCCGUUUCGAUGAACAACGACGUGGGGCUGAGAAUGUGGCUGGAUAAGUUCUUCGAGCCAAAACCCGGUGAUUACUACCAUCAAGACAUUGACAAAUUAGUGGAACGUUAG